AUGGGUGCGACCGUACGCGCCACAACAACCCGGAUCUCCCAGAGACACGCGGGCGCAAGCGGAAGGUUGUCGACGAAGGCGCUGUCGAUGAAAAUGGAGAGCCCUUGA